CCUCCUCCUCCCGCUCCGCUGCCCCUCCCGCCGCUCGGUGCCGGUGCCGAUGCCCGGGCAUUGCCGGCAAUGGCUGGACGUGCCCGGGGCCGCUGCCUCCGCUGCCUGCCGCUGCCUGCAUCGCUGCCUGCACCCCUGCGGCUCUGCCUGUGCCUCUGCUGCUGCCUGCUGCUGCCGCCCGCCGCCCGCAGCAACUGGUGCUCGUACACGGUGACACGGACGGUGUCGUGCCACGUCCAGAACGGCACCUUCCUGCAGCGCGUGUUCCAGGGGUGCCGCUGGCCCCUGGCCUGCAGCGGGGGCAGCAGCUACCGCACCAUGGUCCGGCCCAUCUAUAGGGUGAGCUACAGGACACUGACAGCGCUGGAGUGGAGGUGCUGCCCUGGGCACAGCGGAAGCAACUGCCAGGAAGAGGCUCCCACCCUCCUGUCCCUGCGGGACUCCGGCCGCCCCAGCGCUGCCCCACGGCGCCCCCUCCUGCGCCCCACGGCUUUCUCAGGGUGCCUGAACUGCAGCCGUGUUGGGGAGCUGACAGCCCGGCUCGCCACGCUGGAGGCGCAGGUGGCCCGGCUCUCAGUGUCGGACCCCCCCAGCACCACCCCAGCACCCAAAGGCAGCGCCCUGGGCAGGGGGGCAGAGAUGGGGCAGCUCUGGGGGUCCCCGGCUGCCCGCGGGAGCCCUGGGGAUGAUGGGAAACCUGGCUCCAGGGGGCCCCCCGGCCCCAAGGGGGAUGCAGGAGGACGGGGACCGUCGGGAAUCCCGGGGGUGAAGGGGCCGAUGGGGCCACCAGGCCCCCCCGGCUCCCCAGGACCACCCGGCAGGGAUGGAGCCAGGGGGGAUCCUGGAGAGAAGGGGUCACCCGGGCCCCCCGGCCCCCCUGGGCCCCCUGCACCUGUGGGGCCAGCGGUGCCCCGCACCCAGCCCAGGGACCCGCUCCUGACCAACACCGUCACUGAAGCUGCCGGGGGGAUCGUGGGUCCCGCCGGACCCCCCGGACCCAUGGGGCCAAUGGGUCCCCCCGGUCCCCCCGGUCCCAUAGGGCCCCCCGGCCCCCCAGGACCCGAUGGCAGAGCCGGGGCUCCCGGCCCCCCCGGGGACAAGGGGGACAAGGGCCCCCCCGGGAACCGCGGGCAGGAUGGGGCGCAGGGUGACAGAGGCCCCAGGGGCGAACCGGGGGACAGGGGCACCUGGGGGGAGGGCCUGCACCAGCUCCGGGAGGCGCUCAAGAUCUUGGCAGAGAGGGUUCUAAUCCUGGAGACCAUGAUCGGGCUCUAUGAGGCAGAGCCCGGCUCCGGUGCUGCCCCCCCCCGGAACAAGCGUGGCCGUGGCCGCCGCCCCCCGUACCCCAUCGUGACCCCCCCCCAGCGGCCCCCCCAUGGCCACCACUGACACAGCCAUUGGGGGGGGGCACCCACUGU